GGUACCGUAUCCUUGACACUCCAGAGGAGAACCAAACUCCUCCACUACCAGAGCAAGAACAGCAGCGAACACACACACACAUACACACCUAGACACACCACACUCCUCCACUACCAGAGCAAGAACAGCAGGCCUCCUAAAGGAAGGGAACUGUAGAUCAACCUUUAGAGUGAAACCAUGCCUGCACAAACACUGAAUGUGCUGAGCCAGCUGCGGAACUCCCAGUUUGGUCGCCCAAAGCCGAGACAUGGACUUCGACUUCUGUUCUGGUUUGCAAAUGAUUUUGUCGGAUUCGACUACAACAAUCAAAUGGUGGCUACAGACAAUCCUGCUCAUGGCAGUUAUGGCUUCAAACCAUUCCACAACAGGAUUGAUAAUGGCAACAGUCCUCUCCUCCCACACCAGUAUGAGAGAUAUUAUGAGGUUGGCAACCUGAAUCAGCCAAAGGCUUUGCAACUUCCCAGUUAUGUCAGACAACACCACACCAAUCCCCAGUACAACAGCAACACUGAUCGCCUUAUUGUAGUCAUGGGCUCUGGCAUGAAUAUUAUUGACAGAGUGUACGUGACGCAGCAUUCAGACAGAACACACUUCUCAUCCGAUGACACCUUUCGCAUCAGCCAAGGCCUCAUAGACAACAUCAGGAGACUGGAUCUGGACGACUUCCUGGCACAGAUGGGUGAACAGGAGCGUUCUGUGCUGCAGUCGUCUUUCAGCAGCAGUCAGCAGCCAGCUUUCCAGCCUUACACUCCCCCAGCAUACAGGCGCGCUCAGAGCAAGAACUGA